AAAUGAUGGCCGCCCUCAAGCUUCAGUCCAAAGCCUCUGAACUCUCUGCUGCCUCCAAGCGUCAAAGGACCAUGAACAAAAUGCUACAUGCUCAUUGCCACAUCCGCCAACCUGUUACUGGAACAGCCCGUAGGGUCUGGGAAGCCACAGAAGGUAUCAACCAACUCUGCUCGGCACUGGUUGUAACCACUCCAGCUCUGCAAGUAUACUCAUUUAGCAACCCACAGCCGAUCAUGGGGUUUCUUGAAUCAACUCCCUCGCCUUCUCCAUUUCCUAUAAGAAGAGCCUGCCGGAGAAAGAAGGGAUAUUCGAAGUGGUUUUUGGAGAUUUUCUUCUUCGUUUUGCUUGUUUUUGGUCAGCUAUGGGUGAUAUUUCGUUGGAAGAUGUCAAGAAUGAGAACGUUGAUCUAGAACGGAUUCCUGUGGAGGAAGUUUUUGAGAAACUAAAGUGCACUAAAGAAGGAUUGAGCACAGCAGAAGGAGAAAA